CACAUGUGACAGGUGCGAUCGUCUCAUGAAAACCUGACGCCACAUGCACACGUAUAUAUAGCAAGAAUGACUGCAAGGCCUUCGCAAGCCUGCUAGAAUGCUGCCGGCGUCCACGAUGUUAGCGCUGUUUGUGGCGCCCCUGGUGGUGGUGCUGGCUUCUGCAGUCACCGUCGACCUGACCGCGAUGCAGUUCGUGGGAAUUGGCUACAACCUGUUGAAGGCCAACCCCGAGGGGGAGGACACGGUGCCGCGAGGGGGGAUAGACCCGGGCCUUCUUCUGACCAGGAACAUCUUGAAACUGACCGGGAAGGAUCCACCGGAAGCCGAAUUCGUUCAAGGACGUAAUGUCAACGCGUCGGAGGAACAUAUCUACUAUGGCCAGAAGUCCUACCAAUCCAUGCUGUCGCGCCGAGUAGACACUUCCUUUGGUGGCGCAAUAGGCAAGUUCCUCGCAGGCUUCUCCUUCAGCAUGAGCGCAAGCUCACAGCACGCCACGGCGGAGACCAAUGUGCAGAAGAACGUGUUUUACCAGAAGCAGUCGGUGUGCAACAUGGGCCAGGUGCGCUAUCUGGACGAGCUGGCGCAGACACACAACUUCUCAGUGACGGAGAACUUCGCGGCCGCUGUGUGUGCCCUGCCCGACACCUACAACGCCGCUGUAUACAUGAAAUUUCUUGACACCUGGGGCACGCAUGUGAUAACCAAGACUGACAUCGGGUACCGAACCAUCACCCGGUACAAGAGUACCCUUUCAAACUUCGUUCAACACGUCAUGAAGCAGUCCGCGUCAUCCAUCACCUUUGGGGGCCACUACAAUCAGUACAGCGCUUCUAUCGGUGUCGACUUCGACAAGUUCUGGCUAAGUGACAAUUCCAGCACACAGUUCGGCAGCUUACAGUACACCUUUAACAUCGGGACCUCUGCGAGCCCAGAACCUUUGUGGUUUGAAGUGCGACCGAUGGACUUUGCCUUGACCGCCGACUACUGGAAGGUCUACUCAUCCUGUGGCGGCAACACCCAGCUCUCUCUCACCAAGAAGAAAACCGCCCUCCUCACAGCACUUAACGCUUACCCUACUCUCAAGAAGCAACAGAUAGGCAAAGAUAUCGACCUGAGAAUACCGCUGAUUUGGCCCCUGGGGACAUACGGCUUGAUGCAGCCCAAGACUGGCUGCCCCACCGGUGGAGCAUCAUGGGCCGAGGGCUGGAACUAUGAAGACUUGGAAAACACCUUAACCUUAAACCACGCCUCCUCCGGCAUACACCUCAGAGGAAGCUUUCCUGACAAAGGGAAUUUCAAGUACUACUUCUGUAUGAAGGGCAAGCCGAAGGUCAGUGACUGGGACAUGGACUGGCCAUCCGGGGACUACUGCAUUCUCAAGUAUGGGAACUGUCCUUCAGGUUUCAAAGAUGGCUACAUCCAGCUUGACGACAAUGACGUUCCCAACAUAAACAAACAUGGCGGCACACUGCCCGAUGGCAGUUUUGGCAAGAACACGCGGAUCGACUUUUGUUGCAGAGACGACGCGUUGCCAACCAACCCGAUGUACUUGCCCACAGAGAAGCCCUUCUUCCUGUUUCUGUACAACCGGGAAUGCCAGAAGGUGCAGGGCAUGACGCUCAGGCAGGAGUUCCUCAUCUACGACACCGAGGACACCACAACUCGUGACCACUACGGCGGUGCUCACCCCGCCAUCUUCUAUACAGGGCGCAAGCCUGGGGUCCACUUCUGUUACUACUCUCCCCCACACUACAGCGGCCCCAUCAUCGGGUGAACGGCUGUGACAGAACAUGAUCCUGUGGAAUAAAUGCUUAUAUUGGAA